AUGACCACUCUGAGUGAGAGUUCGGUAGAAAGAGUCUUAAAGAUCUGUGAUGAAGUCUCCAAAGAUGUCGGUAUGGAGACAACGCCUUUCGUCGUCGAUUGGUACAACGACUUUCGAAUAGAAGUUGCUCCGGAAUUACCACAACUAAUUGAAGUUUCCGGAAGGAAUCGUUUGGGCGUGAUUUGCAUUUCUAACAAAAAUUUCUUUCGAGGUGCUGUUCUUGAGGCUUAUAGUGAGCGUAGCAGAGACGGUGAAAAGGUGGGGGGAAAGUUCGAUUUCGUUUCGGAGGGCAGCGAUUUCAUCGGGAGAAAACUGAAACCAUUGUUGGUUGAAGAGCUGUCGUGUGAGGAUCAUAUCGUUACGGUCAUGAAUGUACAAUCACUCGGUCAAGUUGCCGGUCUCGAUAUGCAUUUAUCCCCGGAGUUUUUACAAGAAGGGCCUGAGAAAACCGAAUGGGAAGUUGAAGUGCGAGAGGCCAUGCAUGAUGUGCGCGAUAAGGAUCUCUGGGGUUCCGCGUAUGAUAAAGUUCUACCCUUGAACCUCCAUCCGAAGUACGGCGGAUGGUAUGCGUAUCGUCUAGUUAUUGUUAUCGAUCUCGAAUGCGUACAGGAAAUCAUCCAGGAACCUAUAAGGUUACCGAGAAGGGGAAUUUUGACGGUAUUUUUCCCUUUGAUAGCAGUAGUAGCGUCAUCUGCUUGCGCCUCUGGUUUGUUAACAUACGUGGUUUGGACAUCAGUUUCUCAGAAAUACGUGUAUUUCCAUUUUGGUGUUGGUUUAGUUGCAUUUUUCACUACUGUUGCAACGUUGGCCAUUCCUAAGCUGUUCAAUAACUGGCAGAUGUUGUAUUCGCCUAUAGUAGGAGGAUAUUUGAUAGCAGCAGCGACGGGGCGGCGGCAAGGGUGGAUUUGGACUGUCUCAGCAAUGGUCAGUUGGGUUUUACAUUUGAGGAAAAAGUGGCUACUGAGAUUGGAAGAGGAAGAAUGGGGCUCCUGCAGGCUGAGUCUUGGUGUGUAUUGCUAG